GCGGGCUUGGCGUCCCCGUCGGUGCGUCCGAGUGAGUGCGAGCGGACGGCGAGCCUCCCGGCCCGGGGGCACUCUGGCCCCACUCUGGCGGGUGGCCUUUAAGGAACGGUUUCUGCCUAAAAUGUAAAACGACACACGGCACGAAGAGGAGAAGCGGAGGGUCGCCUGUGUUCCCUUAGUAAGAACGACAUUCGGCCCAGACGAGUGGCGAGUAACUAGGUGCUCACUUAACGACACCUGGGCGUUUGGAGAGCUGCUUUUCCGUGCGCCACCUCGCUGCCUUCACAGUAACCCGAGGGUGGAGGAGCACUCUUGAGUUCUACCGAAAAGUGUUGAAAGCGAGCUUUGCACUCACCAGUACGGUCAGAUGAGCUUUUCUCUUUGCAUGCUCUAGGUUUAUGGCCUGUUUUUCUGUACCAGAAUUUGUGCGCCUUGCCAGCACGCUCAUGAGCGCAUCACCAGCCACUUGGCGCUCAGCAGUUAUUUGUUCAGUGAAUCAAUAAAUGAACGAAUGGUUUACCAAGACUAGAAAUCUUUUCUUUUUUUUUUUUUUUUUAAAGAUUUUAUUUAUUUAUGAAAGAAAGGCAAAGACAUAGGCAGGGGGAGAAGCAGGCUCCUUGCGGAGAGCCCGAUGCGGAACUGGAUCCCAGGACCCUGGGAUCACUACCUGAGCCAAAGGCAGACACUCAGCCACUGAGCCACCCAGGCGUCCUCAAAGACUAGAAUUUAAAUCUUGUGAUUUGGGAUCACUUGAUGCAAAUUCUGUUUUCUGGGUUUAGUUACUAAACAUCGGGUCAGAAGUUGAGUGUUCUACUAUCGAGAAACAACGGAAAGAGCUGCAGCUGCUCAUUGGAGAAUUAAAAGAUCGUGAUAAAGAGCUCAAUGAUAUGGUCGCAGUACAUCAGAGACAACUUCUUUCAUGGGAAGAGGAUCGGCAGAAAGUGUUGACUUUGGAAGAACGUUGCAGCAAAUUAGAGGGUGAACUACAUAAAAGAACUGAAAUAAUCAAGUCACUCACAAAGAAGGUAAAAACCCUUGAAUCUAAUCAAAUUGAAUGCCAAGCGGCUCUUCAGAAGACUCAGCUACAGCUUCAGGAAAUGGCUCAAAAAGCAACCCAUUCCUCUCUCCUCUCUGAAGACCUUGAGGCUAGAAAUGAAAAUCUCAGCAACACAUUAGUGGAACUUUCUGCUCAGGUAGGACAAUUACAAGCUCGAGAACAGGCUCUCACUACGAUGAUAAAGCUAAAGGACAAAGAUAUUAUCGAGGCCGUCAAUCACAUUGCAGACUGCUCAGGAAAAUUUAAAUUAUUAGAGCAUGCCUUGCAUGACGCAAAGAUGGUGGAGACUUGUAUUGUGAAAGAAAAGCAAGAUUAUAAGCAGAAAUUGAAGACACUUAAAAUUGAAGUUAAUAAAUUGAAAGAGGAUCUAAAUGAAAAGACAACAGAAAAUAAUGAACAACGAGAAGAGAUCAUUCGCCUCAAGCAAGAGAAAAGUUGCCUGCAUGAUGAGUUGGUUUUUACUGCAGAGAGAGAAAAAAGGAAAGAUGAGUUACUUGAUAUUGCAAAGUCAAAGCAAGAACGUACAAAUGCAGAACUGCAUAAUCUCAGACAGAUUUAUGUAAAACAACAGAGUGAUCUGCAGUUUCUUAAUUUUAAUGUGGAAAAUUCUCAGGAAUUAAUACAGAUCUAUGACUCAAAGAUGGAGGAAUCAAAGGUUCUGGAGUCCAGCAGAGACAUGUGUUUGUCAGACCUUGAGAAUCACCGCCCAAAAGUCGAUAUUAAGAGGGAGAAAAAUCAGAAGUCAUUGAUGAAACAUCCAAAAUUUGAGACCAUGUUGGCUCAGCAAAAUCAGCCAGACAGGGGCUCUUGUGAGGUGUGCAAAGAGAAGAAACAACAGGGUAAUACCUCAUUUGGGGAAAAAAAUGUAAUUGCUAUCUCAUCUGUAUUUACAAAAGACUUACUGGAGAAGCAAAAGUCUUGGUCUCUGGGAGGAAAAAUGCCAGUCGAACCUGAAAACAAAAGAACAUUGUGCAAGAUCCAUGCAAAGUCACCAAAAGGUAAUGGGAUCGGGAUUCAGAAUGAAGAGAAACAACUCUCCGAAACAUCAACAUCAUUAUCUGAUGAGAAACAGUGGCAUGAUGUCAAUGUGUACCUGGGCCUGGCCAACUGUUCUGGUUCAAAACAACCGGAAAGGCUGGAUGUUGAAUGUCAAGAUGACAUAGAAAGAUCUGGAGUCUCCUGUUGCCAUAAAAAUGAAACCUGUCUGGGAGAGAGUGACAUGUAUGAAUCCAAGUGCUGCCACCCAAGUAACUUCAUCAUUGAAGCUCCGGGCCACAUGUCUGACAUGGAGUGGAUGAGCAUUUUCAAGCCUUCUAAAGUACAAAGAAUUGUUCGCCACAAAUCUGUGUGUACUUGUUCAGAAAGUGCCGGUGGAAGGAAAUACAACUCCUCCACGAGUGAGCUAAUUGCCAUCCAGCAUUCCCACUGUUUGGGGUCUUCAAAAUCUGUCACAAGAGAGGAUGAGAAAUUAAUAGAGACAGAGCCCUCUUCUGAUGCAAAGAACUCAUCUAAGAUUUUGUUAUUCAACAAAGAGACACCAUUGUCCAGUGAGAAGGAUGACUUUUCGCCCACAAGCAAGCUUCAGCGUUUGCUGGCAGAGUCUCGCCAGAUGGUGACAGACCUGGAGCUGAGUACUCUGCUCCCCAUCAGUUCUGAGAGUCUCAGGAGCAGUGCCAGAAAUAAGCCAAUUUCUCAUCUUCGGAAGGCAGGAAGCGGACAUCAAUACCUAAUACCUAACCUUGAAAACAAGAAGGGGAUUGUAAUCCUUUGCAUGGCUGGUUUGUGCAGAGGAAGUCUGAAAAAGGUUCGUGGCUACCUGUCAGCUUGCCCAGUGAAGAGAGAAGGAGAACACUGAUGAGAUGCUAAUAAGUAGGAAAAUUUCAGGGAA